AUUUUUCAACCUGUCCACCUUCCAGACUUUUCUUCCAUCCUCUUUCUCUCUCCUCAUUCACUAAACGAUCCUGUAAUACAAGGACUUUUAGAGAAAGAAACAGCUUUACAAAGCUCUAACAAUAUUUUUGUUUUAAAUUUGACGUAAAAUUUCUUUUUUUAUAUAUUACCUCAGACUUUAAGUUCUUUAUUCAUCCUUGGGAUCUAAACUAGACUUUAAUAAGCUAAAAUCCAAAAAUGCAAAUUCCAAGGAUAUGGAUCGUGAUCAUUUUUGUAGUUGGCACUAUUUUUUCAGGGGAAAGCAAAGAAGUGGAUGAACUAAACGCAAUGCUAGAAAUCAACUCUGAUGCACCUGAAAAGGAAAUGGCUACUAGUCAUCCAUGGAGGAUUGAAUCAGGAGAGAAGCUUUUGGAUCCACAUGUUAUUGACUCGGGUGCAGAAGUGCAGCCUCAACUGGAAUUAGGAGAGAAGACGGAUCAGAGGGAAGCUGUCCCACAAAAGCUAGAGGUUGGUCGAGGAAGGAGAAGCACCUGGGGGAGGAGAAGACACGCCGCUACAGUAGAGACCACUGCAUAUAGAAUAGCUGGAUUGAGCCAACCUCUUAAAGGAUGGAGACAGAGCAUGAAGGGAGAGAUGGAGACCAGCCUUCUUAUGGCUACGCUCAAGGAACUUCAUGCAGAAAAGAAACGACUGAUGGAUAAUGGAAAAACACAAGAGGAGGGGCAGGAAGAAGAAGAAGAGGAGGAGGACAGUGAUGAGGAGGAGGAAGAGGAGGACAGCGAUGAAGAAGAGGAGGAAGAGGAAGAAGAAGAAGAAGAAGAAGAGGAAGAAGAGGAGGAAGUAGAGGAAGAGGCCACAGAGCCUCCCACCAAUCAAACACAGUUCAACAUGACUGAGCUUCCUGAUGAAUGCCAGGCUGCAGACCGUGAAGUCAGCUGCAGAGGUGUUGGGAUGAUUCAUCUGCCUGUUUUCCAGAGCCUGGAUGUAACUAAGCUGGACAUGGGAGAAAAUAACAUCAGCAUCCUCGCUCCAGAAAGUUUCUUUGGCCUUCCUAACCUGGAUACACUGGAUCUAAGCCAGAACCAACUGGAUGAUGAGUCGUUUAGCCAAAACCCGCUGCUUAGCUUGACCGUCCUGAGAAAACUGAAUCUGGAUAGCAAUCAGAUCACCCGGAUACCAACCCUUCCUCCAUCCCUAGAGGAAUUAAACAUUAGCAACAACAAACUGACUGUUCUUACCGAUCAAUGCUUGGAAGGUUUGAAGAACCUGCUUAAGCUGGAGCUGAGGAUGAACACCCUUUAUGAAGCCAGUGUGUCACCUACAGCUUUCAGACCUCUGCAGAAGCUUCUGGAUCUUCAACUGGACAACAACCUCUUCCGUUCCAUUCCUCUAGGCCUCCCUUCAUCACUUCAGGUUCUGAGGAUGAGUGAAAACCUGAUUGAAGAAAUUACAGGUGGGCCACUGAGGGACUGUAUUCAUCUGAGAGUGAUUGACUUGAGGCACAACUAUAUCCAUGAUCAAAGCUUCACAGGCGACCCCUGGACCCGUCUCAGAUCUCUGGAAGAUUUGGACCUUUCCCACAACCGCCUCACGUCCGUUCCAACGAAUCUGCCUCGCUUUCUCCGUAGACUGAUCCUACAGCACAACAACAUACGUCACAUACCUGCCUUCGUAUUCCGUCACAUGCAUGCCAGCCUGCAGUCCCUUCAUCUCUCCCACAAUGAGCUGAGCACAGAGGAUAUAGAACGACAUUCAUUCGUUGGAACCUACCGCUCCAUGAAGGAGCUGCUACUUGACAACAACAGACUGCAAGAUGUUCCCAGAUGCAUCAGGCAGUUUAAGAACCUGCAGGUCCUAAGACUGGAAAAUAAUCAGAUCAGGCAGGUGAGGCAAUGGGCAGUGUGCCACCCUCAUAAUUCUGGCUCCACCCUGACUUCUGUCCACCUGGAAUAUAAUCUCUUAGAAGAAAAAGCGAUUCCCCCAAGAGCUUUCUUCUGUGUCACUGAUACACAAGGAGUCGUCCUUUAUCCACAGCAUGGAAAUCCAUCUUGAGCUGAUACACAUGCUGUGCUGGGCAAAAGCAAAACUAACAGCAAUGUAGUUCUGGCAAGUUUCAAUUUUAUCCUCACCAUGUUAUCAGAGGAAGUUUGUAGAAAAUUACAUAUGCAAUGUAAUUAGCUUAGUCGGUCAAUCGGUUUCUCAGCAAGAAAUUGUAGUAUUUUGGCAAACAUUAAAGACAGUAUGAAACUCA